AUGUCUGCUUACUAACAAAAUAUGAACCAUUUAAAGAGAUUUUCUCUAUAAGCUCCAAAGCUUAAGAGAGAAAUGAUUGCUAGUCCUAUGAGUUAAGUGAGUAAUAAAACACACACUUUUUUAAACAAACCUCAUAUUACUCUAGAAAGCAAUGUUAAUAUGUAUCCUCCUAUAGAUAUUUAUAUGACCUAAUCAUUCAUUAAUGGAAAGGCAACUCGCGGUAAACCCUUACAAGUUUAUACUAAAGAAAUCAACCCCUAAUAUAAAAUCACCCACAAGAAAGAAAACGGAGAAGAAGUCUAUGGAUAUGAAAACUUCGAUGAAAAGGAAGGUUACAAAGAAAAUCUAAGAAACUUUUCUAGGAAUGAUGGCUUAGUUUAUUUUUAUUCUAAAAAUAAAUUGCUUAAAGCAGAUAUCAAUUAAAUUAAGCAAGAAAAUAAUACAAUUUAAAUGCUUAUUUGUGUUACUAUGUAUGGUGAGCCUCGUGCAUUCUUAGAAAACACCCUUUCUUCUAUUGCUGCUAACUUACCUCAGUUUGCUAAAUUAGGAAUAAGUCAAAAGUAAAUUGUUGUUGUUGUACUUUAAGAUGGUAUUAUGAAAAUGAAAGAAGAAAUGGAAGAAUUCUAUAAUGAGCAAGAUAAAUUUUUAGAGCGUAAGUAUUAUUUAAAUGAAAGAAGAUUUAUGAUCGAGUAACAGUUGAACUACUUAAAAUUAUAAAAGAAAGAAUAAUCUAUUAGAUUCAACAAUGGUCUCCCCACAACCAUUCCUACUAAGACUGCUUUGUUAUAUUAAAAUGAAAUAUGUUUUAACAAGUAAGAUAAAUUAGUUACUUUCUCUGUCUUCAAGCACUUAAAUGGUAAGAAACUCUCUUCUCAUUUGUGGUUCUUUGAAGGUUUUUGCAGAUAAUUCUAGCCUAAAUAUUGCGCUCUUGUUGAUGUCGGUACUCUACCUGCCAAUGACGGCCUUGUCUAAAUGUAUAAAGCUUUAGAAGGAGAUAGCCAAAUUGGUGGUGUUUGCGGAUUUAUGGGUUUGAAAGCACCUGUAAUUUAGCAAUCUGAACUAACAGAAUAGCAAUAAUAAGAAAUAAAAGAUAUGAUUAAUAAACAAAUUUCAGACUACAAAAAGGAACACUUUUGGAUUAAUUAAGAAUAUGAAAAGCAACAGAAAGAGGAAAAAUUGAGAAAGAUUCAAUAAUAGCCAAGCAGAGGUUCUAAAAAAUUAUCUUUUAAGCCUGUUUUUAGUGAAGUAAAAGUUGAAAAUAAUGCAGCAGAAUUUCUUGCUGAGCAGUUGAGAGUCGAAAAGAAGAAAAGAAAAUACAUUACUGACUUAUUAAUUAUCUUUAAUGUUUUCUUCCUUGUGCAAUCACUUUUAUUGCUUAUAUACAAUAUUUUUAAAUAUAUUAUCAAUACUAUUUUCAAUAUUAUUGUAUGGUGCCUGAAGUCUUAUCUCAGUUUAGCCUCUCUUCCUAAUGCUUAAAAUUACGAAUACACUACAGCACAUAUGAUUGACAAGAACUUCGAAUCAGCUUUAGGCUUUUUACACGUACUUCCUGGAGCGUGGUCAGCAUAUAGAUAUAAAGCACUCAAUCUUAGUAAAGAAAACCGUGAAAAUUUGAUUCAAAAAAGAUAUCUUAAACAAAUUUUGUACAGCCAACUGAUGACCAACAAUAUCUAGGAAUUAAAUAUGUUUUUAGCUGAGGAUAGAAUUCUCUGUCUAGGUAUUUACUGCUAGCUUCAAUCAAGAUAUUACUUAAAGUUUGUCCCUGAUGCUAAGGCUUUCACUGAUCCUGUUGAUAAAUUCGAAGAAUUCUUAAACCAAAGAAGAAGAUGGAUUAACAGUUCUUGGUUUGCCUUAAACUACGUCCUUCAAAAUUACGAGUUUCACGUAGAAGAAAGUAAUCACACACAAUUCUCUAAGUAAAUUAGUUUACCAUUUAAUAUGGCUUUUGCUAGAAUUGGAAAAUGGACAACAUAUUUUAUUCCUGCUUUUUACUUGUUCGUUUCUAUCUUGAGUAGUUAUCAAUUCCUUUAACCUCAAGUUAAUGAAAGCUAUUCCUACAUAGCAACAAAAGAAUAGUAUUUGUCUCUUGAAAAUCUUCAUUGCGUUUCUAUGGAUGAUUAACCUUAGCCCAUGUGCUCAAAUACUUUAAUGAAAGAAUGUUACAUACUUUGUGUCUCAUAUAAAGUUCCUAAUGUUUUCUUCACACUCCUCAACUUUGUUCCUGCUAUGUUUGUCAUUGUCAUUCUAUUAAUUAUUUUUGCAAGUCUUAUCUUCAAGCCAAAAGAUGUAGAAAUUUCUGAAGAAGAAGAGAAGCUUCUCAAUGACCUAAACGCAAAAGUAAAACAAAAUGUUCCCUUAAGUGCUGAAAAGAAAAAAGCUAGAAUUGAAAUAUAAAAUAAGAUGUCUCAAAAAUUCUAAAAUGAUGUUUUUAAAGUAUUGGCUUCAAUUGUCUCAAUAACAAGUGUCAUUGUUUACGUUAUAGUAAUUGCUACAAUCGUCUUUAAUGCCUUGAACAAUAGUUAUGGCAUCAUUACAGGAUUUAAGCCAUUGAAAUAAGAGUUCUUAAUAUAUAUUUAUGUCAUGAUUGCUCUUAAUUAUGGAAGUUUCUAUUUAUCUAUGUUUUUGCACUUAAGAUAACCUUUCAUUGUAUGGAAUGUUAUUAAAUCCUUCUUCAGCUAUCUUCUAUAUUCCCCUAUUUAUAAUCACAUACUUAUGAUAUUCUCUUUCUGUAACAUCGAUGAUGCUACUUGGGGUACUAAGGGUCUUACAGGUUCUACAGGAGUGAGCAAAUAGUAUACUGAAAAGAUAGAGUUUGUUGGAAAAUGGAUUUUCUUAAAUGCUCUCUUACUUACUGUCUUGUUAAUAGCUAACCUUGUUAACUCUUCAACUCCAAUAGUUAUUAUGGCUCUUGGUGCUUUUGGUUCCAUCUAUUUCUUUAUUAAAAACACAAUUGGUAUGUUCCAUUACUUGAAAUACUUCUACUUUGAUAAAAUUGUCUACUGGUAUAGAAAUAGAGGUAAUAAGAAAUACUAUGUUGAAUAUUCUCGUUAAAUUGAUCAUAUCUUCAACAAAGUUCUUAACACAAACAUAUUAGGUAUGUGCUAAAGUCCUUAACACAGCAUUCAAAAAGAUGUUCUUAGUGAAGAAAUUGAAGAUGAUGACGAAUCUAACCCUAUGACUCCUUAAAAUGAUAACUACAGACAAUACAGUAAUAGUAAUGCCAAUCAAUUCUAAGGUUAGAGUUCAGAAUCUCCUGCUCCUACUAUAACAACAAAGCACACUGUCAAUUUUGAAGGUAUUCCUUCAGAAGUUGCUUCUUCAGACUAAACUGGAAGACUUAUAAAACUUAAUCAAGUUAGUAACACACUGUAACCAUCUUAAUUCAAGUAGCGUAACGGUAAAAAACAAAAUAGUAGAAUUAACGAGGAAAUGACUUCUCAAGAAGAAGAUAAUGAAGAUUCAACGAGAUUUGGAAGACAAACUAAAGUUUCUUAUUUCAGAAACAAUAGUAGCUUAUUCUAAUCUAAAUUGUAGACAUCGAAAUCAUCCGAUUCUGAUGAAUCUGCUUAAAAUUAAAAGAAUGGACCUCCAGGCCCUAAAAUAUUAGUUGAUUAAUAAGAAAGAGAAUCAGAGGAAUAAAUCAAAAUGCCUAGAAGACAUGAAAAAUUAGAAAUCAGAUAUCCUCAGAAAUAAGAAGCAGAUGAUGAUACUCCUCCAAGUGAUGAAAGUUCCUUAGAUGAAGAAAAUGGAAAAAAGAUAGAAAGAAAAGUAACAAUUUCUAGUAAAAAGAACUUAGAAACAGGAGAUGAUAGAUUACAAACUUAAUUAAAAACAUAUUUAACAAUAGAAGACAUUGAAAUCAACCAUAAUGCAUCUUUACCAAUUAUAACAAAAGGUAGCUUUGAAGAUUAUCAAAACUACAAAUAAAAAUCUGGAUAAUAAAAAUAUCAUAAACCAUCAUAAACUCCAAAGAACUGA